AUGAAUCAGCGGAAGCGCAAGGCCCACACGAAAUCUAGAGCGGGAUGCGGCAACUGCAAAAUCCGACGUGUCAAGUGCGAUGAGGCCAAACCAAGGUGCAGAAAGUGCAUCGCCUUCGGAGUUUCUUGUAACUACGGCACCACGGGGAGCACAGGCGUUGGAGAGCUAGUUCUUUCCUUUGAGGGAGCCUCUUGCAUGGAGGCUCCAUCAAAAGCCCCCAUCUCUAUGAACCAGACCAUGCUUGAUUUGAUUAAUCACAAUCUGCGCUACUCCCCGACUGGAGAAGUAAUAGGGGAUCAGGUCUAUAAGCUCAAGGCCCAGGACCUAGAGGUUCUCGAUAGAUUCAGCAAGAGGACUAUACUUACACUUGGCACGGAUGUUACAAAAUGGAUCCUUCAAGCUGAGACCCCUAGGCUUGCCUGUCUUCACCCGUUCCUCAUGCAUAUUGUGUUGGCCUUCACGUACACUCAUGACCGUCUUCUCCAACCGAUACCGGACAAACCAUGUGCGGCUGAGCUCUUCCAUCACUACAAAGGAUCAGCACUAUUCAAUUAUAGACUGCGUGAAGAUGCCACCCCGUCAGAGCGCGAUGCAAUAUGGAUCACGUCAACUUUAAUCGGGGCAAUAGAAUGGAGCAAAAUGGAAGCUGAGUCCUUUGAAGAGGCCUGGCCAUUAAAAGAUCGGGAUCCCGGAGAGCCAGACUAUCUGACUCUGCUUGUGGGUAAGCAAGACGUCUGGGAUUUUUUGGACCCGACUAGAGCAGAUUGUUGCUUCAAAAGCCUGCUUGUCAAAUGCAAAAUCGAUGGGGAAGACACGGGUUUCGACCCCUACCAGCUCAAAGACGGUGGAUUCUACAACCUCCCCAGCCCAUUACUGGAUUUUCUAGGACUCACGGACCCAUUAAUCUGGCACUCGAGCCCAUACCACCGCGCAGCAAACAUCAUUUCGCAGCUUAUCCCUCUUGAGUACAACCAGAGAACUCUCAUGAAAUUCACGACCUUUCUCUUCCUAAUGGCACCUGAGUUCAAGGACCUAUGGAUUCGAAAGGAUCCUGGUGCACUUCUACUGAUCUCCUAUUGGUACGCCAAGACGAUUCCCUUACGGCAGUGGUGGACGUGGAAACGAGCUGUCCUCGAGUGCCAGGCCAUUUGCAUCUUCCUCGAGCGAUACCACGACGAUAUUCCACAUUUGGAGCGCUUGCUGGAAUUUCCUAAGCGCUCCUGUGGCCUAGUCUCGACAAAGCAUUUCGCUGCCUGA